UUGCAUGCUAUACUUUAAAGGUUUGGUAUGUACAUGAUCUACAGAGUAAAAGAUGUACAUCUCCAAAAUGCAGAAGUACAACAAAAGUACAAAUAUGUAUUCAUUUGGACUAGAAUCAUUCUGUAGCAUUUUGUAGAUUACUCAUGUAAUGUAGACCAAUUAACAUACCACACCCCUAAUAUUAUAAAGAGUUUUGAUAUGUGUUCUAUGGGUUUGCAUGCAUUUACAUUACUAUUUAUUAACACAUUUACUAAGGGACAGUACUACAGGGUAUUAGAAUGACAUUAAAUUUUUCUGUGUUAGGGAGGCGUAAACCACCAGCAACACUCUCAAAACCAGACCGGCCUGAUGAAUAUAGUGCUACUGCAUCUCCACGGCCAGUGAGGGUUCCUUUGCCAGUACCUCCAGAGUUGCUUGAAUUUUCUACAAGCAAGACCACAUCGCCUUUGAGACCAGUGCAGGAAACCGUCUUCUGUCAGUCCCUCCUCCCAGUGACCUCUGCACAGUAUACAGCCUCUACUCCUCCCUCAGGACCCUCUGCAGCUGCUGGACAGUCUUUCUCGGGACUCCCUGCAGCCUCUACUGGGUACCCCUCAACUCAGUUGGAGGAAAAGCAUGCUGUUCCACCACUGCCAAGCUAUGAGCAGGAUGUGAGCCGAUGGCACUGCUCUCAACAGCAGAGAAUCUGGAUGAAAACAGAAAUGGAAGCCUUGGGACUGUGGCCAGGUUCUAGAGACAUCCAAUGAACAUGAUCUCCUUGUGGCGUUACCCACCUCAGCCCGAACUUAUUGAUCCUGUCUAUGAGCUGCCAUCACCGAAAUACUUUCAACUUCAUCCAUUCUUCAUUUGGAAACCAGAGCACACGAUUAUGGAAAGAGUCCGCAACAACUACACUCUGCCAUGUCUGUACGGCUGUCCAAAUCCCCACGUUGUCUCAUCAGGAGUUGGACGACCCCGUGUCAUUAUUGGUACAAGCAGCCAGUACUACAUACUGGCCUCUCGGCUCAGCUGUAAAGUCUGUAAAAAGUACUGGUUUGCAGACAAACCCCAAUGGAUGGACAUGCUGCCGAGUCGGUUCUGCAACAUUUUGUCAGCUUUUCUGACGCACAAGAAAGCCAUAUGUAAGACUGUGAUGGAUGAGUUGCGGCGCACAGGAAAGUCUCCCAAUGAUAUGGCCAAUCAGUUGAACGAAGCUCUCCACCUCAGGUAUGAGCGUGCACACCUGGCUUACCUGUCCACUGUUAAGAAUGUGCUGGAUGGAGACAGUGGACUUUAUGGUCAACAGACCAUCACAGGGGCACUAAGAGCAUCAAAUAUUUCUGCCCCAUUUGGUGAUUAUGGUGAUGUGGUCGGCUGGUGCGGAGUAACAGUCUCACCCCACUACUUGGUUGACUGCCUCAUUCAGGAGUACCAUAGGCAGGAGAGCACACUCAAUCUGCUCCUACAAGGCACAUUCGGACAAGCCUUAAGGGCUGACCAUACCCGAAAGGUGGCCCGGAAGGUUGUGCUUGCAUCAGGUACUAUGUCGUCCUACGCAGUGAUGAAUGAAAACUGGAUGAUCUUGUCCUGGGUGAUGCUGCAGUCUGAAAGUGAUAAAUCCCUGGAGCCAAUGUAUGGGGGGCUGUCUCGUCGUUACAUUUUUGCAGGAGUGCCAAAAGCCAAGUACCAGUGGGUUGACAGAGAUUGUUGUGCUGCCUUCAGGAUCCCAAACCCUGAGGCCCAGGAGCACCUCCUCUGGGAUUCUUGGAAGACCACUGAGGCUAUAGUGGCUGCAGCAACCUCUGGGCAUCUCAUCAACACCUGUGCCUCCCGCAAAGAAUAUAACAGCGACAUCAACAUCAAGCUGGACUUGUUCCACUGCAUGCGGCGGUUCUCCAGAGAGUGUGUGUCAGAGCACCAUCCACUGCACAGUGCUUUCUGCAAGUUUCUGUCAGCAGCUUUUAGUGUUGUGGACCAGACGGACCUACAGAGACUGAAGCAGGCUUAUGUUUUCUGUGGGAUAGUGCCUGCAAAUCCAACAAAGCAGCACACCAGGGAGCACUGCCGCACCAGGGUCCCACACCCCAAAGAGCUGCUGGAGAGAGUGGAGAGCGUUCUCCAAAGAUUCUUUUUAGAAUGCGAUCCUGAUGGUGUGCCACUGUUCAAACCAUCGAUGUUGAAGGUGUGGAGGAUUCAGCGAGUCCACAUCCUCAGAGCCUGCCUGAGUGACCCAGAGGUUACAGAGGGGAUCCUCUAUAGGCAUGGUGGAACGGUCCAGCUGAACCAUGUGAAGGGGGAGGCAGCAGCUGUACCCGUGUGGAUCCCUGUGAGAGGCACCUCUCAGCAGGAGGGGUUCCAUUUCCAUCAGGCGAGAUGGGUCACAGGCACUCAGGUAUCCACAGAACUUUUCCAGGCGCAGGGCAUGAUUGGAGUGGCCCGCUGGAAUUUCCAGCGCCUUGUGGACCUGAAGCAGCCUGGAGUGAAGCUGCCUGCAGUUUUUGAUCCUGUGCUGAUCAUGGAACUGAACAAGCUCUCAGACGUAGUGACAGGCCAGGCCAAGUACCCUGCCUUACUUGUCUCGCAGACAGACACCAGUGAAAGGUUUGGACUGCAGUAUGUGGAGCCUGGUUGUCGUCCUGUCCCCCUGAACUGGGACAAGCACAAGUCCCAGAAGCUACCUAUUGCUGGGGAGGGAGAGCAUCAGUCCUCAGAGCUGUCUGCUCUCAGUGAGAGAUUCCCACCUGAUGACCCACCUGAGGAGGUGAGGGAGGAACACUUUGCUCAGGAUGACAUCUUUGGUGUGGCUUCUCUUGGCUCCCAAACAAUGAUCCAGCCUGCACAGCCCACCAAAGUAAAAGAUGAGAUGACACCACCACUGCCCUUUGCUCCCUCUCCACGAGCUGCUCGCACAGGUCCCAUCAAGGCAGGCGGUCUACUUUUUGUCCUGGACCAUUUUCGGUGGACACAGCCCAUGAGGGAUUCCAUUGAUGGCCUUCUGGCAAAGUACCAUGGGCAGAAAGACCUUCUCACCCAGGUGGAUGCGGAGUAUGCUGCCCUUGUGCAGGCUGCCUCCAGGGAUCCCAAUAGCCUCUUACACCCCACCACGAAACUGCAUAUCUCACGUUAUGUGAAACACCUGGCCAAGAUGACAAACACAAGUUCAUCCCUUAACACCAGUUCAGAGAAACUCCUGGAGACCCAGCAGCUGUGGCAUCACCUCACAGAAGGUAGUGAAACUGUAAGUGUACCAGUGGUAACCCUCCCACCUGCCCCAGUGAACCCACCCAGUAAUAAGCCCCAGGAGUUCCCGCUAACUAAGGGUGAGAUUGAACAAAUGAAAAUUUUGGCGCAGCCAAAAAAUGAGUUCAGUAAGAACGCUCGAAGCUCUGCUUCGGCGUCCGCCCGAGCCAAAGGAAAUGCGUUGGCCGGGAAUCGAACCCGGGUCAACUGCUUGGAAGGCAGCUAUGCUCGCCACUAUACCACCAACGCAUGUGGUGGACGCAGGCUUGAGCGGUCAGCAAGAAUGCUCGAAGCGCAUGAGUCGCUGAAAGGGCUAGAGGAGCUGAAGCGAUCGUUGUUUGGGCCCGGCACUAAGGAGAGCAUGUCCAGGGAUUGGAUCCUUCACGCACGAGAAAGCGCUGUCUUUCCAUGCUGGCUAAACAAACAUGAAGGCGUGACGAAUCGGCAAAGGAUGCAAAUAGAGACAACGACCAGUUGCGCACCCUUCCGCCGCGUGGCGGCAGUCAGUCAAAUUCACUCUGUUCUUGACCUUCCGGUGUAG